GCGACGACACACCAUCUGGCAAAAAAUGUGUUCCACCUCUGCUGUCCAGCAGAAGAAGAGGUAGGGCCCACCCAGGUAUGCUUCUUCAUUAACAGAAGAUUAGACCACAAGAAGUGGCAAUUUAAGGAGCACAGCAGAGACAUCUGCUUGCUCACAUUGGAGUUCGGCGAUGAUCAACAGGAGAGACAACACAUUGCCAUUCACAGCAUCUACAACCUGGCGAGGCGCAGCAAGAGCGACGGCACCGUACUUUCAGACAUCCGCACAGUACUACACAACAAUCAAGCCAAUAAGCAGAUCCUGCUUGGCGACUUCAACCUGCACCACCCCAUGUGGGGAGGC